AUGUCAGACCUACUCGAGACGCUCACUCACCCUCCCGAAGCUCACCCAAAGCUGAGGAACUGGAGCUCGACCUACAACGUCUCGCCAGAACUGCUCUUCCACCCGACGACGAACGACGAGGUUGCGCUGAUCCUGAAGGAGGCAGGAAAGAGAGGGAAGAAGGUGCGAGCUGUCGGACUGCACAACAGCCCAGGACCGAUCUGGCACUCGAAUCAAUGGCUCGUCUCCCUCCGUCACUUCACCCACUCCUCCUUCCCCUCGACCUCCCGCACCGCAAUCCUCGGCGCCGGCCUCUCUCUCCGCGACGCCAACCCUCUCCUCGCCUCUCACGGCCUCUCCCUGCCAACACUCGGUUCCCUCCCCGACGUGACAGUCGGCGCAUGCUUUUUCGGUCCAGAUCACGGCUCUUCCGCCUUCCAUCCGAUCUCGGCUGGCGCAGCGAAAGCAGUCACGAUCGUCCUUCCUACCGGCGAGAUCCGUCGGCUUGAAAGGGGCGACGAGCUCUUCCGUGCAGCAGGAGCGGGCGUAGCGGCAGUGGGGAUCGUGACGGAGGUCGAGUAUGAAUGCGAGGAGGCGUUCGGACUGGAGUUUACGAUGACGAGGACGAGAUUGGAGAAUUACCUCGAUGAGGACAACAGCGGGAGGAAGUUGUGGGAGCUCGCGAGGAGUAGCGAGUAUGUCAAGCUCUGGUACUACCCUGGCCCGACACCGACCUCUUCCUCGCCCAACACCGUCCUCUGGCGCGCCUCGCGCUGCCCCAUGCCCCCGCCACAGCAAAACACCCUCUACACCCGAGUCUCAUCCCAGCUCACACAUUUCAUCCACGCCACGGCCUUCUUCAUCACGACCUACCUCUUCCCUUUCCUCCAGCCGUGGUUGAACGCAUUGGGGUACUGGUUGCUCGCCAGUACGAUGCCAAAGACGCAAAGGUUGAGGAGCUAUGAGGCGCAGUACAUGGAUUGCGGGUACUGGCAACUCGUUGACGAAUGGUCCGCUCCCCUUCCCGCUCCGUCCUCCUCCGCCAAGUCCCCACCCGCACCAGCAGCCCAGAUCCUCCGCCAAUUGAUCACCUUCUUCGCCUCCGCCGAAGGAAAACGAGUCGGGAUGCACGCACCAAUGGAACUGCGCUUCACGCGCGUCAGAGGCGAAGACUUCUUCCUUUCGCCUGCUGCGUCGUACGAAGAGCUGCUGGGCCGCGAGGAGAAGGAGGACGAUCUGGUUAUGUGGUUCGAGCCGAUCAUCUACCGCCCGCUGAGCCUCCCGACUCCCUCACGCUUCUACACUUUCCUAACCUUCUUCGAAUCGCUCUUCCGCUCUCGCCCCGCCUCACGUCCACACUGGACCAAACCGACCCUUCCCUUCUACGAAUCCGAGCGAGUCAGGAUGUUCGGUCGCGAGCGGCUGGAGCGAUGGAGGAAGGUUAGGGAGAGUGUUGACCCGCAGGGAGUUUUGUGGAGUGAGUGGUUGGAGGAGAGGGUGGGGAAUGGUGCGCAGGAGAAGGGGAUGGAGGUGAGGAGGGAGGGACGGUGGGAGGAUGUGAUGGGUCAGUCGGGGUGGUGGGGGCUCUGGUAG